AUGUGGCGGGGCGAGUCGCCUAUACUCACAGGAGACUCCGACAAAGAGCCUACAGACGAGCCCGAAGAGGAUGCUACACUACAAGACCGACCUAAGCAGAACAGCGCGGUGGUUGUCCGUGUCAGCAGUGCCCGCUCUGCCUGGCACGUCAUGGAUCUGACGGAAGACUGCGAACUUGGUGAAGAUGUCCCCCGCCUGAUGUACGAAGAGCAGCGAUUCCGGCACUUCUACAGAGUUAGAGGUGGACGAAACCUUCUUGAUAUCCGCUACUAA